AUGAAGAACCUCCGUGACACCGUUGGUGUAUCUGAUGGAUCUUCUUUGCUUCCUCCUUCUGUUGAUGGAGAAAGAGAGGAGGAAGGAAGAAGCGACGAAGGAAGAGGAUGUUUAAUUAUGUCUUGUAGUUUAUCAAAGACACCUCCAACUUUAUUUAAUAGAGAAGACACUACUGCUGCUGCUUCUGUUGCAGGCAGCUGCAGCGCAGCAACAAAGAAAAAUGUUGCAUUUCAGCCUUCUUUCGAGAUAGAGGGAGAAGGAGCGCCAAGAGGAAAUAUAAAUUCAUAUAUUUCUAGUGUACGCUCAGAUAGUCUUUUUAAUAGUGAGGAUAGGAUAAGGAGUGGUGAUACAGUACCACCAGCAGCAGCACCACAAACAACAACAACAGCAGCAACAACAACAGCAACAGCAGGUCCUGUAUUUAAUGGGGGACUUAGACAUAUAAGCAGCAGCUCAGAGGAAGGAUCUAGUGAAUCAGAUAAUGAAUCUAGAGGUAUAAUAACAGCAGUGCCUGUACCCCGUUCCCCUGCAACUGCUGCUGCUGCUGCUCCCUUGAGUGUAUUGUCUAAUACAACUGCAGCAGCAACACCAAUCGUAGGACAUGCAUCAGGUGGUUGUCGGCUUCAUGGUCGACAGCAGCAACAACGUCAGCAGCAGCAGGAGCAGGAACAGGAUCAGCAGCAAUUUAGGCUGCAGGAAGAUGACCAGCAACCUCCAUCAUUCCAGAGAUUCGUUGCUGGUCUUCUUUCCCCAUUUAAGGAACUAGCAGGAGGAGAAUUAAACUUUACGUGGGCAUAUAGAGAAGCAACAGCACUGCACCGUCACCAGCUGUCUAGACAGUCCUUUGGUAAUGUAAGAAAGUUACCAAGUAGGAGGGGAGGUGACCAUUGGUCCACUCGGCUUUCUGAUGCUCAUAGAACAUUUUCUUCCGAUUUGCAAUAUUUUCCUUUGCAAUUUCGUGAUACAGAAGCUGAAUCUGAAUAUGUUGCUGUAACAAAUUAUCAAUCUUCUCUUCGUUUCUCUGUUUAUCUGCUGCUGCAGCAUUGUUUGCUGCUGCCUGUUCAAUUCUCUCUGCUGCUAUGGGAUCCUGAAUCACAGCUAUGGUCCGCUACUGGCGGAUGGCUACUCCAUCCUCUUAUUCUUGCAUUUGCUGUGGUUAGUGUUUUUGGUCUACUUCUCGCUAUUGCCCUCCUCUACCCCGAUCUUAUGCCCUGCGGUGUCGGCUACUUCUGCCGCGUUCAUGCAGCACAGGUUGCAUGCGUUUAUUCAUUUUGCUAUACGGGGUUUAUGAGUGCUUCUCUGAUUACUGGUCAAAUUUAUAUGGCGAAUCGUCUUGAGGAACAACUGGAGGUGCGAAGUGGAGAGGUGAAGGCUGGGGUAUCAAUAAUGAGUUUAAUUACAGAAACAUCAAUUUUCCAUUUGUAUGUUUUUGCUACAAAUGUUCUAUUUAUGGAUCUUAUUGGCCCCAUUCUUACGAAAUGGACAAUGAUUCUCCAUGUACUAACUUCUCUUUACCUCACUACUCCCUUCAUUGUUGGAUAUGCGGACGGCGGACUUUUCAGCCUCUGUACUUUGAUAUCAGUUGCCACGAUUGCUACGAUUUUGACGGCAAUGGCGUAUGCCGGACGGCUGUCUGGCGAGUUGCAGCACCGGCUGCUAUUCCUUCAGUGGAGGAGGUCGAGGCUGAGGCUCAUGGAACUUAUGCAUGAACGAGAUGACAACAGUAAGACACGUACAGCUAUGGAAAACGUUGUCGGAGAACUUGAACAGUGUGGAAAGAUUCUGCAACAAAUGCGGAAUUUUGAGCAUGAUUUCGGGGAGGAGUUCCACGAGUUGUACCGAAUCGUUUCCGAGUGUCGCCGCACGCUUUUGACUGGCGAGAAGCUGUACACAGUGAACAUCGGAAAGGCAGACAGGUUCAGCAAACACUUUUUGCAGAUGUAUUCGCACUAUUGUGUCGACCGAGUUGAUACAAUCAGCACCGAAUCUCACCAGCGGUCUUUCAUUGCAUCUCAGUCGGCAAUUCGCCCAAGGGCGGCUGAUGUUUCUGUUAAAGGAGCUACUCGUUUGUCAUCUGACAUGCUCGACUCCAGUAGCAGCGACUCUGAUGAAGAACCCAUGAGGAAGCAGGCGACUAUGCAGUGGAGAAAGAUGGUGGACGAGGCGGAGCGCAACAUGGAUGUCAUUGGCAAGCAGUGGUCGUUCAGCGUGCGAAAGUUGGAACAAGAAUUUAACAACGCGCUCUUUGUCGUGGGGGCAGCCCUUCUAGGGCCCGUGGUAACCGACUGGGGCUGCAGCAACAACGAGCUGUGCGAGUUCUUGCACGCCUUGCAGUGGCAAUAUCAGCCAAACCCAUACCACAACCAGUUGCAUGCAGCCAUGGUGGGACACGCAGCAGUUAGCGUCGCGAAUAUGCUGGGCGUUUGGCAGAUAAUGGAUUCUCUGGAGAAAGCUGCACUCGCAGUUGCCACUUUGGCUCACGAUGUCGGUCAUCCUGGCCGCACAAAUCAAUUCUUCGUGGCUUGUUUCGACCCUUUGGCAGUAAUCUACAACGACAUAUCUCCUCUUGAGAACUUCCACUCUUGUUUGUGUUUUCGGAUUCUUGAAAGGAAGAGCUGCAACAUAUUUUUUUUGUUGUCUGUUGGGGGAUUCCGUUUUGUGCGGGCGAAGAUAAUCGAGUGUAUCCUCAGUACCGACAUGAAACAACACUUUGAGGAUAUUUCCAAGUUCCGUAUGCGCCGACAAAGCGAAGAAUUCUCCUGCCGAAAUUCUGUUGAAGACAGAUGGGCUACACUCCGCAUGUGCGUUAAAUUGGGGGACCUUUGCCACACCGCCCUGCAGUGGUCUGACCACUUCUUCAUGUCGUGCGCCAUCACUGAAGAAUUUUUCCAACAAGGAGAUGAAGAACUGCGCCGGGGUAUGUCGGUGUCGCCACUGUGCAGCCGUAGUGCCCAAAUGGACAUUGCAAAGUCGCAAGAAAGUUUCUUGUCAUUUGUAGCUCGACCCCUUGUUGCCGAAUUGGUUGAGUUAGACGGCCAAAAGCAAAUGGCAGCUGAGGUGUUGUCAACUUUGGACGCCAACAUGGAGCGCUGGAAAACGUUGGCCGCUGAAGGCACUGCUGUAUCCUUACCGCCGACAAACAAACAAACUCAAGUUCGCACAUUCACACUGCACGCCGUUCGUAACCUUGCGGGUCCUGCGCUGUCCUUGGCCCGGGUUAAGACAGCUGCAGAUCGCGGCGAUCAGCGGCAUAAUGAAGACCGGGACGCCCAGGCGCCGUUGACGCCGCCGAGAGCUCCUUUUAUUGAGCACGAUGCGGGAACGCAUCUCUUCGACUGGCUGGCCAACUCUGGCGAAGCUACAAGUCUGUGGAGUCCUCGAUUUACAGUAGAUUGCGUGCCCGCCGACACCCACCAAGAUUCAUCAGGCUCGAAAAGCAACUCAAGACAAGGCGUAAGCUUCACAACUGAUCUUCCCCCCUCCUAA